AAGCAGUUGAAAAGGAUAUCGGUGAUCUUGCAGAAGCUUUAAAACCUGAAAAUACUCCUAAAGUUAGAUCUUUUCUUCGAGAAAUUUCUAAAGAUUUACCCAUUCUGACGUCUGAAGAAUUACUCGCUUUCUCGGAGAGAAAUGUGAGUAAGAUAGUUGCUGAAGUUAAGAAAUUACUCCCCAGUGGUACUUCUAUUAAUGUCAUAAAGAGAAGAAUUGCUACAGCUCGAAAGAUUUAUGAUAUCUUUAGCACAAUUGAUGAAAUUGAGUUUAUUAAAACCGGUAACAAUAAACCUAAAUUUAGAACAGAAAGGAAA